CCUGACUUCUCUUAGGGGAGCCUAUCCAUAGGGCUGUGGCAGCCCAUGGCUAACGUCACAGGCGAUGCCCUCGAGCUGCACGAUGCGUACGAAGCCUAUCACCUCCUGCUGACAGCCUUCUCUGAAUUCCACAAGAGCUCCUUCAAUGUCUGGUGCCACUGUUUCUGCAGCCCCCUGGGAGUCCUCGGCCUCUGCGGCCUCCUGCGGCGGUUUCUCUCGACAUGGACGCCGGGUGUGCUGGCGGCUGCUUACAUGCUGAGCCUCGUGCCGGCUUUGCCAGCCAACGUCUACGUGGCAACUCUCGGCCUGGUGCUGCUUCUGCUGGACCUAGCUGGGCGCCUCAAGUGCGGUUCCCGCGCCUUUCUGGCGAUGCUGGCGCUGGGCUUCUUCCUCCAGGACGUGGCCCACUGGGUCAGUGGGGAGGCGACCUUCCAGAGCAGCUACUCGGGAAAGAACUCCUACGUGGACUUGGAGAAUCUGGGUGCCUGGAGCCAGGACCUGACCCGGCACACCUACUUCCUGCUGCCCCUCUGCGUGGACGUGGCGCUGCAACGCCUCGGCGCGGAGGUGGGGCAGCCUUUGCCUUUGGAGAUGCAGCGCAUCUACGGGCAAGGGGCGCUGCUGCUGCUGCUGGCCAUUUGGGCUGCGGGGCUCUACUGCCUGGACAGCAAGAACGGCUUCGCCGUCUUCCCGGGGGCGCCCUUCCGUGUCCGCGUCUUGCAGUCCAACCUCUGCAGCGAUGCCAAGAGCUCAGAGGAGGACCGGCGCAAGGACUUGCAAGUGAUCCGUGACUGGGCCGUGGCGCGGAUGCCGCCCUCGGGAAUGACCAGCCACUGGUGGCACAGCGACCUGCAAGGCGAGGCCUUCGAGGCCUUCCGGCGCUGCGCGGAGAGCCGCGUCAUGGCGCGGAUGUUCCGAAGCAGCUUCGGUGAGGGUCACUAUUGCAUGGACAUCGUGCCCGGGAUGAAUGAGGUCUACAUCAGUGGCCCCAGCCGGAAGGAUGAUGAGUACAACUCCGACCAGGUCUUUUAUGAGAAGCACCUCGACGGGCCCUACGGCUUCUUGCCCUUCGCCUCGGUGUACCGAUGCAUUGUGGGGAUGGACCGGAACUUGGCCACCACCACCAUCUUCCCCGAGGCCGGCAUCGCCAAGAAUGCCAUGCUGGGGGACGUCUUGGCUUUCGACUUUCAUCGCGAGGUGCACUACAUCAAGCGGGAGGAGCAGAUGUUGAAGGAGCGUGACGAGUUCAGAGUUGUGCUCAAGCUGCACUACUGUGUUUAUCCCAGGGUGCUCUUUCCCUUGGGCUGGUUGCUUGCGAAGCUGACCACCAGCUACAACGUCUCGUUUCGCGGUCUCUUCUUGCUCACCAUCAAGCCAAAGAACUUGUUUCAGAGGCUCAUGGGCAUGCAGGUGGUCAUUGGCACCAUCCUCUUCAAUGCCUUUGAGGAGCAUGUUGGCCAGAGGAACCUGCUCUACUUGAUCGUCUCCGCAGCACUGUGGUACGUGACUGGCAGCUACAAGGUCUUCUUGGUGAUGACCUCUUAUGUGCACUAUCUGCGCUACAUCAGCACCUUCUACAGCCGCCAGGACGUAGACUUCGGCAUCUUCAAGCGGGAUGUCCUGCUCUUCAAGACUCUGGCGCUGCUGCAGCUUUUCGGGUUCUACUUCUUCCCCGGCGCCGUCUCAGGCGGCGCCGUUUCCAUGGACCUGGACUUCUGCAGCCUCGCCAUGAUGGCGGUUGGCUACAGCAUCUCGCUGUUGGCCACGAAAGCGCUCGGCGUGGACCGCACCUACUUCGGCUCAGAGCUCGGCAAGUGCGAGCCCUUGAGGGUGGCCGACUUCCCGUAUGGCUACGUGCCGCACCCCAUGAUUGGCUCCCAACUCCUGGCACUGGCAGGCAUGAUGAAGUGCGCCUCCUUCCGCGCGGCCAGCCCGGUUUGGCUGGUGCCCAUCCAUGCCAGCUUGUACCUGGUGCACAUG